AUCACCAAAAUCACUUCCUUUCCCCUUUCACUUUACAUAAUUUUAGUACUAUAAAUACAUACAACUCUAAGCUACCAAAACAAAACACACCACACACAAGAAACACAAAAAAUUAUAUCACUAUAUUCAAUAUGGGAACUCUUUAUCAACCCCUCGAAUCAACUAUUCAAGAACUUAAGGUCACAAUUCAAGACACAAGCUUAGUUUUUCCUUCAGAAGAAACUCAGAAAAAACCUAUGUUUUUAUCAAAUAUUGAUCAAGUCCUCAAUUUUGAUGUCCAAACGUUGCAUUUUUUUCCUGCCAAUUCUGAAUUUCCACCAGAAAUUGUGAAAGAAAAACUCCGAAACGCGUUAUCGAAAGUACUAGUUCCAUAUGAUUUUUUGGCUGGGAGGCUUAAGAUGAAUCACCAAAUUGGAAGGUUGGAAAUAGAUUGUAAUGCAGAAGGGGCUGUAUUUGUUGUAGCUUCAAGUGAAUUAACAUUAAAAGAAAUUGGUGAUUUGGUUUAUCCUAAUCCUGGAUUUAGACAACUUAUAACUCAGAGUAUUGAUCUCUUGGAAAAAGAUGAUAAACCACUUUGCAUUAUCCAGGUGACAUCAUUUAAGUGUGGUGGUUUUGCUAUGGGCACAUCAACAAAUCACAUAACCUUUGAUGGAACAAGCUACAAGAUUUUCUUACAAAACUUAGCUUCUCAAGCAUUUGGUGAUGACAAGCCCUUAGCUAUUGUCCCAUGCAAUGAUCGUUCUCUUUUAGCCGCUCGAUCACCACCACGUGUCGAUUUCCCACAUCCUGAAUUACUCAAAUUGGAAGUCCCUAUAGGUGAAGAACUAAAUCCUACAGUAUUUGAAACCCUAGAAGAAGAGCUUGUGUUCAAAAUAUUUAAGCUUAAUUCAAGUGACAUUAGUUCAUUGAAGGACAAGGCAAAAGACGAAAAUGCCCCUCAUGCAAAAGUUACAAGUUUUAAUGUGGUAACUGCUUAUGUAUGGAAAUGCAAGGCAUUAUCUUUUGAUGUUGAGAACAAUUCAGAGAGAAUUUCCACUGUUUUAUUUGCUGUUGAUAUAAGGCCAAGGCUAAAUCCACCAUUACCAAAAUCAUACACUGGAAAUGCUGUUUUGACUUCCUAUGCUUCCGCCACGUGUCACGAACUCGAAGAAUGGCCAUUUUGUAAAAUUGUGGCUAUGGUAUCAAAAGGGGCUAUGAGAAUGACUGAUGAAUAUGCUAGAAGUGCAAUAGAUUGGGGAGAAUUUUAUAAGGGAUUUCCAAAUGGAGAAUUUUUAAUUUCUUCUUGGUGGAGAUUAGGGUUUUCUGAAGUGGAAUACCCUUGGGGAAAACCUAAGUAUAGUUGUCCAGUGGUUAGCCAUAGAAAAGAUAUUAUUUUGUUGUUCCCUAAUAUUGAUGAUGGUAUUACAAGCAGCAGCAAUGAUGGGGUCAAUAUUUUGGUUGCUCUUCCUAUCAAACAGAUGGAGAAAUUUGAAUCCUAUUUUAAUAAGUUUUUGUUGGCUUAAGAUAAUACUUUUUUUUUUAAAAAAAAUGAAAGAUUCUUAUAUAUAUAUGUUGUAAACAUGAUGAAUGUUGAAAAUUAUUUGUAUGGUGCUUCUAAAAUUAUUAUUAUUAUAAAGGAUGAUUUGCACAAUUUUUUUUUUUUUUGGGAAGGGUUUAUUGUAAUAAAUAACGGAAUUUGAUAUAUGGUUGUUUAUAUAAUAAUAUAUAUAAAGAUCUUGGCAUGCAUA